AUGAGUCCUACCACCGACCUAACUACCGGUCCGUCAGAACCUGUCUCAGACUCUCGCUCUGCCGCGCAAGACAUUCCACAACAACCUGCCAUACAGGACGACCUUCCCUCAUCAACACCAGUCGAGAUGUCAAGCCUUCCUACAAAAUCUCCUCUCUCAGACCCAACUGAUUCCACUUCCCCUCCACCUGUAACCAAGACCACCUCGGCAGAUUCGGCACAUCGGCUUGGUCCUCAACGAGUUGAUACCAGAACCGCCAUCGAUCAAUCUUUAAGUCCUGUCGAUGCUCCUCCUAUUCCCGAUGGUCCGACGGUGACAAGAACAAUUUCCACGGCUAUCGGCCCUUCCUCAGAUUCUCCUGUCGUGCCCGCAAAGGACAGUGAAACGAGUGGACCCGUCUUGCAGGUGACCUUGCUCCUCACCUCAGGAGCUAGACAUCCUUUCAAACUGGACAGCAAGUAUCUGAACAAGAGAAAUGUCGAGGUUCCUGGUGGCGACCCUUUCAGUCUGAGCGUCUACAAGUUGAAGGAACUCAUUCUCCGAGAGUGGCGGGAUGAGUGGGAGACCAAACCAAGCAGUCCCAAUUACAUCCGGUUGAUCAGUUUUGGAAAGCUUCUUGAGGAUAAGGCCUCAUUAAAAGACUACAAAUUUAGCCCAGAAUCACCCAAUGUGCUACACAUGACCAUCAAACCUCAAGAUUUUGUGGAGGACGAUGACGCCAAAGGUGGUAAAUCCAGUCUCUCGAAUACUCGUGAGGCAGAAAGUCGAAGUCCCGGAUGUCGUUGUGUCAUCAUGUGA